AUGGGGAAGUCAGCCUUGGAACUGACCCAAAGAAUAGAAUUCAAUGAGGCCAUGUUAGACUCGAUUCAGGUGGUGUCGCACUUCCAUACCAGCCAGGACAUUUUCCUGCCCGUCUUUUACCCUGAGCCUCAUGCCAGUAACUGGGAGCAGAGGCUGCACUCCCUCGAUGUUCGGUCCCGAUCCAAGAAAUCUGCAGGGCAGCAACUUGGUCCUUGGAGCAUACCUUCACCUCGCAUUACGUCAUCGUCUUGCACGCCCGAGAUGACGCAGCUUUCGAGUGAAUUUGAUGAUUUUUUGAAGGCCGCAGGCUCCAAGCUCGUCGUUGUUGACUUUUCGGCAAAAUGGUGCGGACCUUGCAAAGCAAUUGAUCCUGUCAUUCAUGACCUGGCUGUUCGGUAUGACAAUGUGAUGUUCUGUAGUGUGGAUAUCGAUCUGGCAGAGGACGUGGCUAAUUCUUGUAAAAUUAUCGCCAUGCCAACAUUUCAGAUGUACAAGAAAACAGAAAAGAUUUGUGAAAUUACUGGGACUGACACCAGGAAGUUGGAAGCAAAGAUUGAAGAACUAAUGUAG